UGCCCUCUGGCAGUGGGAGCCGUUCCCUGGGUCCUGUCCCUCCGGGCCUUGUCCCCAGCCCCUCUCUGGUUUUCCAGGGGUUCCUGACAUCCCCUGCUGCCCCGAGCUCCAUUCUGAAGCCACCCCUCGCUGGGGCAGCAGCAGUGAGUGCUGCAGUGGUGGGAAAUCGCCUCUGCCCUCCAAGGCAGUCCAGCCUGGCUGCAGCCGAAGGGGCAGUGGGGCAGGAUGGCUGGAGCUGAGGUGUGCAUGUGCAGAGUGGCUGCAAAAGGCCAUUGCCGUGACACACAGUCCCCAGGCACAGGGACAAGACCUAAUCCGAUUAAGUGGCUGAUUCACCUGCUGUUAUGCCUUUGCUGUUGUGCCCAUCUGAAGGGAUUUGAGGUUAAAGAGCUGCUGUGGGGAUAAAACCAGCCAUUAGAGGGAUCAGUACAGGAGAGCAGCAUGGAGUGGGCCUGGCUGAAUGGAAAUUACUUCUGCCUCUCUUCCUCCUGUUUCCUCUGCCUUCCUCCUUCCCCCUCAGCUCUUUAUGGCCAUCAAUAACCAUCAAUGAAAAGUCAUCUUGCUCCCACACCAGUAAAACCAGCCCCUGAUGGGUCACAGGUGGGUCCAGGCCUGCAGGCCUCUCACCACAGCCACGCCUCUGCUUGUUUCAACAGGCUCCAGAAACCCAGCAUUUACUAACCACACUUAAAAAAUAGCAUUAAUGCUGCAGUUAACACUCCUGUCCAGCUCUGUGUUUGAUGUUGCCCUGCCUGUCCCAGGCUCACCCUCCUGCUGCUCCUCCCUGAGCUUUUCCCUGCUGCUGGUUCAGAUGCAGCAGAAAAGCAUCAUUAUCUUUUCCCUUUUAAAGCUCGGCCUUGCAGAGCUGAAGAUGAAUCUCCUAUCAGAGAUGAGUGCAUUGCUAAGAAGAGCCCCAGAUGCAGCCUGGGUUUUAAUUUCAAUGCCAGGAAUUCAGGCUGCAGAGGAGGAAUAAAUGCAGAGGCCACCGAGGCCGUUCAUUGUCAUCCCCAGCUGGGCGAGCAGCUGCUGGCUCAGGGGUGGGAAUGCCUGCCUGGGAAUUCGGGGCUGCACAUAUUCCAUCGCGCUCCUUGAGCUCUGUAGGGUGAAUUCGGACACUUCUGGAGCCCCCAGAUCUGCUGAGAAGCACGGGUGUGCCGUGCGUGUGCUGUGCAGCCCAGCAGAGCCGCCACCAUGGUGCACUGGUCAGCCGAGGAGAAGCAGCUCAUCGCCAGCGUCUGGGGCAGGGUCAGCGUGGAGGAAUGCGGCGCCGAGGCCCUGGCCAGGCUGCUGAUCGUCUACCCCUGGACCCAGAGGUUCUUCUCGGACUUCGGGAACCUGUCCAGCCCCACGGCCAUCGUCGGCAACCCCAAGGUGCGUGCCCACGGCAAGAAGGUGCUCACCUCCUUCGGGGAAGCCAUCAAGAACCUGGACAACCUCAAGGGCACCUACUCCAAGCUGUCGGAGCUGCACUGCGACAAGCUGCACGUGGACCCCGAGAACUUCAGGCUCCUGGGUGACAUCCUGGUCAUCGUCCUGGCCGCCCACUUCACCAAGGAGUUCACCCCUGCCUGCCAGGCCACGUGGCAGAAGCUGGUCGGGGUGGUGGCCCACGCCCUGGCCCGCAAGUACCACUGAGGCUUCGGGAGGCACCUGUGUCUGUAACGGGCAAUAAAACCCACCUUUUCUGGGA